UUUCGAUAAACACAACUAGGUCAUAGCGUAUAAUCACAUGGACGAAAUGGGAGGUUCAUACAUGGUUCAAAGUCCAUUGCUUGAAAGCAUAUACCUCGAGCCUACGGGAUGGCUUACGAUCGCGGUCACCCACCUUGUAUGGCACUCUACUGAGUAUGGUAUGCUCGAGGCUUACAUCGACCCUGACACUUUGUUGGGCUCGGCUAUGCUUGGGCUGGUUAGCGAUCGCACAGCAUAGUGUCCUUGGGCGACAGUCAAAGAAUAGCGAGACUGGAAGAUCAUCCACAGCUACACUAUCUGUGGCAUUGGGGAGAGCAGUAACGCAGUUACAUGC